ACAUGCAAAGAAAUUCAAAGUAAUUGAGUUCUUUUCAGGCUGUAUUAUUUUAGUUACAUAAGGAGGCAAGGGAACCUCUCUUUCAAGCUCUACAGUUGCGUUAGAUGCGAGAAGCUAGGAGAAAAGACAAUGAGCAUGAAAUGACACUUUCACAAGAUGUGGUUUAUGAAACACUGGUUUAUUAUGUGCAAACACUUCAAAACAUCUAUAUUUAAAAUAGCAGUUACGCAUACAAAGCCUCAACAGGUAUAAUGCAGCAUUAUAUUUACAAACCUGAAAUUGAGUCAGGUGUAAACAGGAAUCAUUAAGAAAGAUCACACUUCUUCAUUAUACAUUUCACAUUUAAACUUGAAAAGUAUCAUUUCUGUGACAUCAAACGAAAUUGAAAUAUGUUUAUUCGAGCAUCACGACUAGACAAGAUAUGACAACAUGUGUCCCAUCAAUGAUGUGAAUCACUCCAGAAAACCUCAAAAAGGAUUUGGAAAUUGCUUACGUGGGGCGAAGAGAUCCUCCUCUUGGCUGUCUGUCUGAAUUAAAUCCAGAUGCGAGACACGUUUGAAUUGUAUCGUGUAUAGAUCAUGCAAGGAGAUAAAAUAAAGUUUUUACAUAGUUCAGGUAAGUAAAAAGUUAAGUAAAAGUAAUAAGGAGGUUUACAAUCAAGAGCUCACAAAUGACAAACCGAACCACAGGAUAUAAAUGCUGAAAUCAAAAGAAUAAUUUAUUUAAACAAACAAUCUGCCACAAUUUCAUUCGUCUUGACACAAGUGUGGAAACUGAUGACAUGUAAAUGACAAGAACUUUGAGACUUACACAAGCACUCAUAUGCUUAAAAAGAAUACACUAAAUAAGACAUACUGGAUUUUUUAUUCUCAAUAGUUAAAUGACAUUGGGAAAAUGUUCAUGCUCUGCGACAGGGCAAGAAAAGAAAGCUUGGGUUGAUUCGGGGGAGGGAAGCCUCAAGCGUGUGAUGCAGGCCAGCCGCAAAAAAAGAAGGAAUGCAUCUGCCAAAGGAGCGAGGGAAAGGAGGAGACGGUGGAAAGGGGGAGGGAAUAGAAGCCUGUGUGUAAUGAUGUGUAUGUGUGCGUUGUGUGUAUAUCUGUGCGUCUGUGGCAUGGCUGUGGCUCAGACUGUUGAAUGAGAGUGGGCCUUGUGUUGCACUUUUCAGGUUGCAUUCUCUCCCCUGGAGCCACAUGUCUGUAGUGUGUGUUUAUAUCCGCACGUGCCUGAGGGAGAUAGCUGACCACCAGCCACCGCAUCUCACCGAGCGAUUUGUGGAGACACCUUUAGCGUUUCUCAAACUUAGCACAAGCCACCUUUGUCAGAAGAACGUCUGGUGGGUUUCUCCUGUGAAAUGAAUGGAAUGUCACUGUGGAGAGGUUUUUGCCUUCUCUCUCACAGCUUGCUUCUGGUGAUCCUCCUGUUACCUCUGCAGGGAAAUGCCCACCCACAAUGCCUGGACUACAAGCCUCCGUUCCAGCCUCCGGAGCCCCUGGUCUUCUGCAAGGAGUAUGCCAAAUUUGGAUGCUGUAACUUAGACAAGGAUAACCAAAUAUCCCAGCGCUUCUAUCAGAUCAUGGAUUAUUUCGAUCACACUGGAUUCAUGGCCUGUGGGAAGUACAUCCGCAACAUUCUGUGUCAGGAAUGCUCGCCAUAUGCAGCUCACCUUUACGAUGCGGAAGAUGCCAACACCCCAAUGCGAGAGCUUCCUGGUCUCUGUGGCAACUACUGUAAUGAUUACUGGCUCUAUUGUCGCUACACUCUCAGCCUUUUGACCAAUAACAAUCAAACGUAUGCCAUUGAGGAAGACCGAAACAAAUUCUGCAAAUACCUGGAGCUGAAGGAUCCAGAGUACUGUUACCCAAACGUCCUCAUGAGUGCUGAGCUCAACGCAAACCUGGGUGAUGUGCAGGCAGAUCCGCAGGGCUGCAUACAGAUGUGCCUGGAAGAAGUUGCGAACGGUCUUCGAAAUCCCGUCGCUAUGGUACAUGCGAACGACGGCACCCAUCGCUUCUUUGUCGCAGAGCAGCUGGGUUAUGUGUGGACCUACCUAGCAAACGGGUCCAGAAUCGACAGGCCCUUCUUGAAUCUGACUAAGGCGGUUCUAACAUCACCUUGGGCAGGGGAUGAGCGAGGAUUUCUUUGCAUUGCCCUACACCCUCGAUUCACAGAAGUGAAAAAGGCGUAUGUAUACUACUCCGUGUCUGUGAAGAAGCAGGAGAAAAUUCGAGUUAGUGAGUUCACACUGUCUGAAUCAGAUAUGAACAUCUUGGAUCAUUCUUCAGAAAGGACACUUUUAGAGGUUAAUGAGCCUGCAUCAAAUCACAAUGGAGGUCAACUACAGUUUGGGUUAGAUGGCUAUCUGUACAUAUUCAUUGGAGAUGGUGGAAGAGCGGGAGACCCCUUUGGAAAGUUUGGAAAUUCUCAAAACAAGUCAACUCUUCUUGGCAAGGUCUUAAGGAUCGAUGUAGAUAGUAAUGACUCCGGUCUCCCCUACAGUAUUCCUCCAGACAAUCCUUUUGUGGGAGAAAAGGACACAAAACCAGAAAUCUAUGCCUAUGGUGUGAGAAACAUGUGGAGAUGUUCCAUUGACAGGGGCGAUUCAAUAACUGGCCAGGGAAGGGGCAGAAUGCUGUGUGGAGAUGUUGGACAAAAUAAAUACGAAGAAGUAGACCUCAUCGAAAAGGGGGGAAACUAUGGGUGGAGGGCAAAAGAGGGCUUUUCCUGUUAUGACAGGAAACUCUGCUUCAACUCCUCCCUCAAUGAUAUCCUUCCAAUUUUUGCUUAUCCACAUAAAAUUGGCAAGUCUGUAACUGGUGGCUACAUCUACAGAGGCUGCCAGAUGCCCAAUCUUAAUGGUCUGUAUAUCUUUGGGGAUUUCAUGAGUGGCCGACUGAUGUCCCUGAGGGAGAACCCAGACACUGGAAAAUGGAACUAUAAGGAGAUUUGUAUGGGCAAUGACAAAACUUGCAAUUUCCCUAAACUAAUAAACAGCUACUACAAGUAUAUCAUAUCGUUUGGUGAAGACGAGGCAGGAGAACUGUACUUCCUUGCAACAGGAGCUGCCAGUGCGACAGCUAAAGCAGGAGUGGUCUACAAGAUAGUGGAUCCAUCAAGGAGGGCUCCUCCAGGCAAGUGUAGCUACAAGCCAAUUCCGGUCAGCGUUAAGGGCAAACUGGUUCAUUUCAACCCUAAGGAAGAGUUUGUGAUUAACAAAAAACCAUCAACGACUGCUAUUCCCAAGCCCAAACCAACCAGACCGAGCACAACCCCAACACCUCGACCAAGAGUAGCACAAAUGUCAACUCCGAGAGUACGCACAACAACCACGGUUCGCCCAACACCACCUCGGUCCCGUUACCCCCCUAUUACUCUCCGGCCCAGGCCUCAGUUUGUGACCACCGCUAGACCCACGUACUGGACCCCUGCCCCCAAGUCCACAGAAAAGACGAGAGGUCGAGGCAAAUCUAGGAGGAAAGGAGACAGGAGGGGCAGGUCUCGGGCCGGGAUGGUGAGGCUGGUCAGCGCAGAUGGUCGAAAAGACCGUGGCCGAGUGGAGAUCUUUUUCCACGGUGAAUGGGGCACAGUGUGCGAUGAUAUGUUUAACAUGAAAGCUGCGGAUAUUGUUUGCAGGCAGCUUGGAUUUCUUGUGGCCGUGCAGGUGUCUAAAAGAGCAGAGCUGGGCGCAGGGGGUGUCAGGGUUAGCAUCUUGCUGGACGACGUGGAUUGCGAAGGGACGGAAAAGACUCUUCUGCAAUGCAAACAUGCCAAAAUUGGCAAACAUAACUGUUCUCAUGAUGAGGACGUAGGGGUGAUUUGUGGCUUUGAUGAACAUGCAGUGGAGUGACAGAGUGUCUUAGUCGAACAUGACAUAUUUCAUCUCAAAACUGUUGUUUACAGAGAUUGCUGUCAGUUGAGAGAAUGGUAGCUUCUGUCAAAUGACCUACACUAAGGUUAUGAAAAAUUGACCAUUCAGCAGUAGUAUCUCACAGAUAAUGAUAAAUCAAUCACACAUUCUAAUUAUUUCAACAAUGAAUCAAUGUAUUGAGAUGUUGACCAUCUCACACCAUGAAUGAAAGUUUGAUGACAUACAUUUUCUUCCCUGUAAAAAAAACUAUAAAAAAAUCUAGCUAUCUAUUAAGUAAUAUUUUUUUAAUUAAAUCAACUGAAUAAAAAAUAAAACAUAAAUGUGAUUCAUAAAUAUCUACCACUUCCAAUAUCAAGUAUUUCUCAGAUGGUCAUUCAAACACAAUUCAGGUUAUUUUUCUGUACAUAUUGCGUUGUUUUGCUGAAUGCUAUUGUUGCACAUCAUUUCUUUGUUUAAAUCUUAAUGAUGAUUUUAUCAGAAGCAAAUGCUGGACAUUCUUUGUUACACUGUCAAUAUAAAACAAUGUAAAUAAAAGAGUUUGCGUCAUCAUUCGAUAAGUGGGUGCAAUUAUCUUUGAAUAAAGUUAUGUUUUUAUGCUUUCAAAAUGAUAAAACACAUUUAUACAUUUAAAUAACACUAAUAGUGAUCCUCAAAUAAUUUUACAGGUUACAUGUGAUAAAACGCUUCAGGUGAUCACAGUGUUCAGCCACAUGUAUUAACCAUAUAGGAUCUGGAAGGUUUCAGUAAAUGGCAGUUUGGCCAUGAAUUGAAGGGACAGUUCUUCCAAAAAUUCUGCAAUAAUUUACUCACUUGACACAAAAGAAGACCUUUUGAAAAAUUAAGGAAAGCAAUAGUUAGGGGGCACUUUUGACAACCAUUGUAUUUUGUCUUACAAUGGUAGUCAAUGGAGUCCAAGAACAGUUUGGUUACAAGCAUUCGUCCAAAUAUCUUUCUCUGUGUUCAACCAAAUUUACACAGGUUUUUAUACUUAAGAGAGGGUGAGUCAUUCGUGACAGAUAUCACAUUUUUGGGUAAACUAUGCCUUUAAUAGUAGCUAUAAAUGUGUAUUUUUUUAGCUCUUAGCUGCAACCAAUAACAGAACGUUGCCAGUUUCCGCAUAAGCAUGAAAUUGACUAGUUAAAAGUGAACAGGAAGU